AUGCCCGCAGGUUUCCCCGUGCCGUGCGCAGAGUGCGUCAGCUCGCUGCUGAGGUGCUGCCGCCUCAGCGACGCCGCGCACCAGCACCAACAUCAACAUCAUCCUGCAGCUGUCCGAGGGCCACGGCUCGCCGCCCGCAGUCUCCGGCGCCCUGCACGUGCACGCGGGGGCAGCGGCGGUGGCGCGGCCGGGGGCGGAAAGCGCAAGCGGUCGUGGUCGCGCGCUGUCUUCUCCAACCUGCAGCGCAAGGGCCUGGAGAAGCGCUUCCAGCUGCAGAAGUACAUCACCAAGCCGGACCGGCGGCAGCUCGCCGCCACGCUCGGCCUCACCGAUGCGCAGGUGAAGGUGUGGUUCCAGAACCGGCGCAUGAAGUGGCGCCACAGCAGGGAGGCGAAGGCGGCGUCCGCGCCGGCGCCCGCCCCCGUUCAGGUCCUGCGGGGAAGCGGCCCUUCGCUGCAGCCCGGCCACCCGGCGGCGUGCCUUCGGCGGUGCGGAGGCCCACCACUGUCUGACAGUGUCAACACUCGAAUAAAUUGA